AUGCAAUCGGUUUACCCGAUCGAGGUUUGUCGAGGAAAUUUCGGGGAAAGGCCGAACUGCCUACAACUCAUUAAUCAAAGGCUUAAUAACCUAAAGCACACAAAUAUUCAAAUCCAUAUCGGAGAAAUGUCAUUCAACUGUCACACAUUGCUGCUACAGUGUUUUUCGGAAGUUUUCGACGAAUUGGGCAACGUACCGGAAGUAACGCUACCGAAGGAAAAGGUCACCCCCAGAGCAUUCCAGAUCGUAUACAAUUGGCUUUUGUCACCGAAACCCGAUGUUCCGCGGGAACAUUUCAUAGAGGUGUUUCAAGCGGCAGAAUUUCUACGGAUCACUGCGCUGCUGGACCAGUGCUGGACUUGUAUUGGUGAUACAGAAGCAUUACUGGAGGAUCGGGCCUUUCAAUUAUACACUGAGGCACUUCCUUUUAAUCAAACUGUUAUACAGAAUAUGAUGCUGAAAAGGAUAUGCAUUUUUUUCCUGCCGUUAGUUGCUUCCGAGGCAUUUGUGGAACUGCCGUUGGAGGAUCUGAGUUAUCUACUGAAGUCCAAUAGUAUCGGCGUGUUUUCCGAAGCGGAUGUUCUGUACGCUGCUGCCGUUUGGCUACUUUACGAUUGGGAAGCUCGCAACGAACACGUCGGUGAUGUAAUAAAGUUGGUACGUUUUCUACUUUUUAGUCCAGCUCUGUUAUCCGCUCUGAUCGGGUGCGACACAGACGAGCGGAUUAUUGGUAUUUUACAGCAUGCUGUCACGCAGAAUCUAGCCACUCAGGCACUAGCUAAUUUGUGUAAAUCAAAUUCGGACCAAGUUAGCAAACCUGACAAUCGCGUCUGGCUAAAGGAUCCAGAAGUACCUGCGCCGGAACAUGAACGGUCCGGUUACAUUCCUUACCACCAGGAGUGUCAGUUUAAUGAAUUCCUGAAACGGUUGGAAGAUUUAGGGCACAAUCGGAAUAGCUGGUGCUGCUGGCAGAAAAUUGAAAUCGUUCUUGAUAUGGGAGCGCUUUCUUUGAACUACGAUACCGAUUCUGAAUAG